UGGAGGGCAUGGAUCCAAAACCAGAUAUCGAGUGUCGGAUAUCGGAAUUCUAGGGUUUGAGGCCGGGGAAACAAAACCCUUGUCUGCGUCUAGAGUAGUUCUUUCCCAGCGCUGCUAUCGGUCCUUCGCUGCCAGCAUUCUCCACAGCCGUCGCUCACCAUGACGAAGGGAACAGGUAGUUUCGGCAAGCGCCGUAACAAGUCCCACACGCUGUGCAGGCGUUGUGGCCGUAGAAGUUUUCACAUCCAGAAGAGCCGUUGCUCGGCCUGUGCAUACCCUGCCGCGAGAGUUCGCAGCUACAACUGGAGUGUGAAGGCUAUCAGGAGGAAGACCACGGGGACUGGACGUAUGCGCCACUUGCGUCAUCUUCCCCGCCGGUUCUCCAACAAUUUCAGAGAAGGAACCCAAGCGGCUUCCAGGAAGACCGUUGCUGCAGCUUAGAUUGAAAGUCACUUGACCUACACGAUGAAGUAAGUAGGCUGGCGAAUGUAUUUCAUCAUGUGGAAAGGCUUCUGUUGUGACCUAGCAAGCAAUAUAUCAGUAAAGAAUGAAUGCUGAUUAAGCAAUCAUUUUUAAUA